GUCGGCGACAUGCAUCCCCUGACCCCCCUCCAACCUGCCUGCCGUCGUCUGUGGCUGUCCUCGACGCAACGGAAACCAUGCAGUUCCCCCUGCAGGGCUAGGGAUGUCACACAUCGCCGCCUCGUUUCUCAGACGGCACCGCGUCGGAAAGACCAGGCCGAGCUGCCGGAGAUCGCAAGCAAGGAGGGAGUGGAGGCUGUCGCGAAACUGAAGCCAGAGAGCCCAAUACCGCUCCUGCAGCGACCACUAGGCGUGCCGGAAAGACCGAGCUCGCUACCGCAGUCUUGGGAGCAGAAACGGGAGGAGCUGUUAGACCAAGAGAAAAGACUGAAGAAGCGUCACGAACUAGUGCGAGAGGCUACGAAAGGCUAUUUUACCGACCUCAACGCGACCCGACGGCAUGGCGGGAAGACUUGGGUUGCGCCCAAAACUAUGAUACGGGAAGAUAAAGCCCUCUACUUCCCUGACAUCGUCGGGACAAACCUGCACUCGAAGGCCGGCGUACAUACGACGAGUCUCUGUACGGGGAAGGUGUCGGUCGUAGCUAUGCUCACAACGAGGGUCUCCGAGGUGACUGCAAGUGCUAAUUACAUCAAGCCGACGCACGAGCAAUACUCCUCGCACCCUAUGUAUCGAUACAUACAGAUCAACCUCCAGGAGAAUCUCCUCAAGUCACUCCUCGUGUCCCUCUUCACCUCUGGCAUCCGCAAAAGCAUUCCCGAGGAGCUCUGGGAAUCCUACCUGGUCAGCAACCAAAAUAUGGAUUACGUUCGCCAUGAUAUGGGCAUGACGAACAGCCGUAUCGGCUACGUCUUUCUCGUCGACGAGCAGUGCAAGAUUCGUUGGGCUGCGUGCGCAGACCCGAUAAACGAGGAAAUCGAGGCGUUGAGGGUCUGCACCGGGGUUUUGCUCAAUAGAUAUAAUAAGGGCCCCGACGUCGUCGCUUCAUGACGUGCCAGUGCUAUUUUGUCUACUGCUGAUCGUGCGCGUUCGAUCUGAUUGCUUUGGUACUCGUAGGGUAGUGACGGCAAAAGUUAGGCAUUGGUGUGGGAACAGCAGCUAAUGAUGUGCGUCCGACUUUCGCCGUCCACGAACACCUGAAGUCUUGAGUAUUAUGCACACUCAUACCCACCGCGAGCCUUACGUCCGCCUAAACCGAGAACAACUGCGACCUUGAAUGUGUUAGUGCGAGUACCCUUGGCGAUCGCAUGCUGUUCAUGCCCGAGCUGGCCCCACAUCCAG